GAAGGUGACCAUGCUGGUCCUGAGCUCCCUUGCCCUCAUCAUUGGGAUGGUCAUCCUCUUCCUGAACAUCUAUCAGAAUAGGCAGAAGAAAACUGUUGUGGUUCUUAAGUCAUGCACAUCCAAUGACGAAGCCAAUCAGCCUGACUCCCCAGUUCCCAGUGAAAGAGCUCCUCUCACCAAACAUCCCAUGAAACCUCCCCAUUCUCCAUCCAUUCAGCGUGGGGAGAUCCUGGUUGAAUGGAAGGAUGGCACUGUGACACCGCUAUUCGAUAACUACCAAACCUCUUAAAGUUCCAGAUUGGAGCAUUACUAGUAAAUACUUCCAUACUCCCAGUUCUGUAAUAUCAAACCUCAUCUUCCACUUUUCACAUUAAUGCAUUGUACUUCUCUUAAGCAUGCAGCGUUUUUCUACUUUUUUUAUGCAGCCAUUGC